AUGACUUUGUCAGAUCUGAAGAACAGCAUCUUGGAGAAGCUUGGCGUGUUGGGUAGCAAGUGGAUGAAGAAACUAUUCUACAAGAUUCCCAUGGCGGUUGUAUCGACCGGUGUUCAGUAUGAAACCUUUGCGGUUAAGGCUGAUGAAGAUAUUAGGGUUCUGUUCUACUGUUUCUGGGGCACAUCUGCGCCAGUUCCCUGCCCAGUUGCCGCGGGUGGUGCAUCUAGUUCGAUGCCUGCGGUCAGACCGUAUCUUCCGCCGGUUCAAUCACCUUCGUUUGCGGCUGAUUUAGACCGAACGGAGGUUGUUGGUUCUAUACCUUUGGAGAAUGCAGCAGUCAUUGAGCCUCCGCACGUUGUGGGCACCGGUGGUGGCCUCGUACCUUAUAUCGAAAACUUUGGUGGACCUGAUCAAGUAGAGAAUGCAAUGCGUGACGAUGAGUCUGACCAGGAGCCUGUUGAUAUCGAUGGUGACAGCGACGAUGACACACGUGGCGAUCCACAUGCGCAGCAUAGGCCAGCAAGUUCUGGUUCUCAUCACUACCCUCCACACUUCUCGACACUAAACUUGGAAGCUCUUGGUCAACAGGAAGAUAGUGGUAACAGAGUGGGGGGAUCUUCUGCAGAAUUUCAGAUUGGGCAAUCAUUCCAGAGUAAAGAUGAAGCUGUGCUGAGUGUAAAGGACUAUAGCAUCCGGCGAGGUGUUGAGUACAGAGUCAUCGAAUCGGAUCAUUUGAAGUAUCAUGGAAAAUGCAAGGAAUUCGGCAAGGGUUGUAGUUGGUUGAUUCGUGUAGCGCUUCGUGCACGAAAGGGGACUUGGGAGGUUAGGAGGUACAACGGGCCACACACAUGUCUCGCAACUUCUAUUUCAAGUGAUCACCGUCAGCUGGAUUACCACGUUAUCUGUGCGAGGAUUCUUCCUAUGGUUAGGGCAGAUGUUGCGGUUACGGUAAAGGUACUUCAACAAGCGACAGAAGCUGAUUACGGUUUCAGGCCUAGUUACAGGAAGGUUUGGAUGGCUAAGCAGAAGGCAGUGGCAGAAAUAUAUGGAGAUUGGGAAGAGUCUUACGCGGAGUUGCCACGUUUGAUGCUAGGGAUCCAGGCGACAAUGCCGGGAACAAUCACGGUGCUGAAGACGUCUCCUGUUCGGAUUGGUGGUGGGGUUGACCGAUAUGGAGGGACGCUGCUGUUGGCGAUAGCUCAGGACGGGAACUCGAACAUCCUCCCGAUAGCAUUUGCCCUUGUGGAGGGCGAAAAUGCAGAGUCGUGGUCAUUCUUCUUGUCCAAUCUCCGAGAGCAUGUGACUCCUCAGGAGGGUAUCCUUGUUAUCUCUGACAGGCAUAAUGGGAUCAAGGCAGCGCUUGAGGCACCUGAGACUGGGUGGCUACCUCCUCGGGCGUUCCGGGCCUACUGUAUUAGGCAUGUGGCUGCGAAUUUCGCCCUAACGUUCAAAGGUAAGGACUCCAGGAGGCUGUUGGUGAAUGCUGCCUACGCAAAGACUGAAGCUGAGUUUUACUACUGGCAUAAUGGCAUCAAGGCAGCGCUUGAGGCACCUGAGACUGGGUGGCUGCCUCCUCGGGCGUUCCGGGCUUACUGUAUUAGGCAUGUGGCUGCGAAUUUCGCCCUAACGUUCAAAGGUAAGGACUCCAGGAGGCUGUUGGUGAAUGCUGCCUACGCAAAGACUGAGGCUGAGUUUUACUACUGGUUUGACAUCAUGCGGACUGAGAAUCCAGCAAUGUGUGACUGGGCCAACCGGAUGGAGUACGACAAAUGGACCCAACAUGAGGAUGGUGGUCGACGGUUCGGGCACAUGACCACAAACAUCAGUGAAUGUGUGAACUCCGUGCUAAAGGGAACUCGCAACCUGCCGGUCACAUCUUUGGUUAAGUCAACCUACGGGAGGCUUGCUCAGCUAUUUGUGGUUCGGGGACAGACAGCAGCCGCACAACUAGGUUCUGGGCAUGAAUUCUGUCAGGCGUUGGUAAAGUCUAUUGAUCGGAACCUAAGAGACUCGAGGUGCUUCACUGUGACAUUAUAUGACAGGCAGCAGUCCGAGUACACCGUCGCGGAGACAACACCAACUGGCAACUUCUCCCUGGGCAGCUAUAGAGUUUCCCUUAAAGAUCACCGAUGCGACUGUGGCCACUUUCAGGUGCUGCAUUAUCCUUGUUGCCACGCCAUUGCGUGUUGCGCCUACUCCCGGCUUAACUGGGCGUUGAUGAGCGGAUAA